UGCCGUACAUGGCAAUUUUUUCAAAUUUGAAUUAAUUUAAAAUGCAUCGUUUAGAACGUAAAGAACAUUCAGUAAUGAAUAGGAGUUCAAAAUCAUUGGUGCUUUAUUUGUUAAUAUUAUUAAUGAGAAGUGGUGAUGCAUCAGUUCUUGAUUGGAUCUGGGGAGGAUCUCAAGAAAAUUUCGAUCCUAGGCCAAAAAUCGGUGAUGUCCCUAUUGUGAAGGUUCCUUUUGAAGUAACAACUGAAGACGAGAAAUUCCUCCAAGAAGCAAAAAGAUACACGAGUUUGGAGUUGUCAGAUCUCGACAAAUGCCAACAUCAUGUUGUUAUGAACAUCCGUAAUUCAUGCUCAGAUCUGACAGAGGAGGAACUGGCAAAAAUGAGCGUGAAUCUACUGAAUUGUCAGUCAGCAGUCGAAGGGAGAAAACAUUUUCCCUGUACCAGCAGCAUGAGCCUUCGAGAGUGCACAAGUUCAAUGGAUCCAGUUGUGUGGAAUACAUACCAUCUGAUGAACAACCGAGCCAGGGCCGUUUGUUAUGCUGCCAGAAACCAGCAGUUCCGAGCUCUGUCAGAGAUGACAGUCAACAAACUCAUGGACACUGCACACAGUCAGCUCAACAUGAUGAACUCUCUCAAGGAAGGCCAGGAGAAGUUGGAGUCACUGACAGCCAGUACAAUGGAAUCUGUGUCUCAUGGCCACCAGUCCCUUAUGGAUCAGCAGGAGAAGUUAAGAGUUACACAACAUAACAUUCAUGAUUUUGUAGCCCUGAAUUUGCGAGAGCUGACACGAGAGAAAGCAUUGAUAGCAUCAGGUCACCGCGAACUUGCCAAGAUGAUGGAUGAUGUCAGAAACAAAUUAGAUGAGGCGAGUUCAGAUCUCAGCAGCCAGGCGAACGAGCGCCGUGAGAAUCACAAGCAGCUGCUGGAAGAUCUGGACACUAUUCUGGACCAUGUAUCUCUCAUCUGUCAGAGGAUUGAUCACAGCAUGCAGGAGAUCCUUGCAUGGCAUGAGGCAGCAACAGCACAGUACAGUUCAGCACUCUACAAGCUGUCGCAGAUCAACGUCACAGUCAACUUCCUCCUGGAUCUGCUGGACAAGACCAGACAUGAACUGGAUGAGCGCCUGGGCUGGCUCACCAACCUGAUGGGGGACACUGGCAACCAGCUGGAUCACCUUUACAGCUGUGUACUUCACUUUCUGUACCUGAUUGCAGGAAUGAUCACUGCAGCAUUUAUCAGAGCUCCAACCAUCACACGUGUUUUCCUCCUCCUCAUCGCGCCUCUGAACCUUGCUGUCACAUACAAUCAUGGGGACACAGCCGCCCUUAACUUCUCAUCCAUGACCAUACUCAUUUUAGCAUCAACAGCAGUCCACUACAUGAUCCAGAGAGUGCUACAUUACUGGGCACCCAGACAGGCUAGACCCUUGUACAGUCUUGAUGGCAGCCAACCACAGCCAAUGACCAAUGGGUUCAUUCCUAACCACUUAUCACCUGUGAAGCCUAUUGCUCUUGUGCUACCUCAGAGGAGCAUCAUAGGCAGGCUGCAGCUUUUCAUGGGAAACUUGUGCAGAAGGCUGAAUUUUCUUGCAAGCAGAUGGACUGGUCCCACAGAGUCAGUGUCACCUGCUGUCUCAUCCAGAGAGGACACUCCAAGGCCUGAUGAAAGAGAACACAUCCCGACUCCUAUGCCUGACAGAAACCUAGGUGAAGGCUCAGGUGACAGUGAUGAGAUUGCCUUUGGGAAGUACCAUUUCACAGAGGGCUAUGCAUACUCCAACAAUUGCAGCAGCGACUUCCCUCGUGUUCGAACUGGCAUAUCACCAACACUAAAGCAGCGCUCUUCCACACCGAUCUCCCCACCCACACCCAUGCGCACCUUGUCCCGCAGUGGAACACCUUCUCACCCUGUAUUACCAAGACCAGUAUGCCGUGCUAUCUGUCGGAAUGGUCAGCAGUGUCGCAGCAGUGCAUCUCUGGGCAGUGAUGUGUGUCGGAGACACACACCUUUGAAUCAUCGUUUUGCCGAUACUGAAAGUUACUGAAGGUGCUUCCAUACUCCAGAUGGUCAUACUGUUUAACACUGAAGAGGAUAUGUGGACCUAACUGGGAUGAACAGAUAUCAGAACUGAGAAUAUUGCAUAAAGAAGUACCCUUCAGCUACCACUAGGGUAGGACUGGUAGAAGUGGAUCAUAGAUAAGUAAAGUAAAAGUAGAUGUAUCCCUGUUAACAGGCCAUGGAGGCCCAUAGAUGGUAGUAAGGUU